AUGUAUCUCAAGCUUGCAAUCUAUUUCCUACUCUUCGUUACGAUCACUAGUAGUUCUUCAUAUGAUUGGGAAACAUUUAAGCAUAAUUACAAUAAAAAAUAUGCAACGAUUAUCGAAGAAGCCGAGCGUCAAAAAAUCUUUCUAGAAAAUGUGAAUCGAAUUCAUGAAUAUCGAAGAAUUCAUCCAGAAGCAACAUUUCAAAUUGGAAUGAAUCAUUUAAUGGAUCGACGUAGCGCAGAAUUAGUAUCGAUUAAAUCAAAACCAGUUUUUAAUAUUCGUUCAACAGAAAUUAAAAAAUCGAUUCAAUCAGAAUUACGUGUACCUGUCUCGUUGGAUUGGCGUGAGAAAGGUGUGAUCACACCAGUCUACAGUCAAGGCAUGCAAGCAACAGAUGCUGCCAUUGUUGCUGUCGAGGUUAUCGAAAGUUAUCAAGCUAUUCGCGGAGGCAAACUCGAAAAAGGCAGCGUUGACCAAGUCUAUGCUUGUUGUGAAAAUAAGAUCGAUAUUCUCGAUUGUAUAUUAAACAAAAUGGGUGGUAAGCUAUGUGCAGCAGAUGAUUACAAUAAAUCGAGUACUGAGUGUAGUACAAAAAGUUGCAAACCAUUUGCUGUCUUUAAUAAUGUAAAAACAAUUGAAUUAGCAAAUGAAAAUGACAUGCUACAAUGGAUUCAAGAUUCUCCACUCUACGUUGGUAUUGAUGCAGCUCAAUUCAGCUUUCAAAUAUAUACAACUGGUGUGUAUAGUGACACGACUUGUUCGAAAACAGAUGUCGAUCAUGUGCUUCAACUUGUUGGUUAUGGUAUUUAUUCAGGCAUACCUUAUUGGCUGUGCAAAAACAGUUGGGGUCCAACUUGGGGCGAUCAAGGCUAUAUUCUUAUCGAACGUGGUACAAAUACAUGUGGUAUUGCUGAAUAUGUUGCGCAGGUUGAGUUUAAAACGAAUGAUGUUACACGAUUAUCCCUGGUCAAUCAUAUAUGUUUAACAGUUUUCUGUUUUGUUUUACAUUUGUUUUCAAAUUUUUAA